CUUGAGCCCAGAGCUACCUGGGUAAAAUCCAAGAUGGCUGCAUGCAGUUAGUACUCGUGUGACCCCAGCGGAGAAGGUUGUGUAUCUCCUGGAAGGCCACGUCUAGCCCUCCCUAUAGUGCUCGUGCAGUAUUGCAGGGGAGAGACGAGAGCAAUGGCAGGGAGCCUCUCUUGGGUGGCAGGCAGAGGCUUAUGGGGCCUGGUGCCGCUGGCCUGCAGAAGUUUCUUUCUGGGUGUUCCCAGAUUGUUCCAUGUAAGGGUCACCCUCCCGCCCCCUAAAGUGAUUGAUCGUUGGAACGAGAAGAGGGCGAUGUUCGGGGUAUAUGACAAUAUCGGGAUCCUGGGAAAUUUUGAAAAGCACCCCAAAGAACUGAUCAAGGGCCCCGUGUGGCUUCGAGGCUGGAAGGGGAAUGAACUGCAGCGUUGUAUUCGAAAGAAGAGAAUGGUAGGAAAUCGGAUGUUCGUUGAUGACCUGCACAACCUGAACAAACGCAUCAGCUUUCUCUACAAACGCUUUAAUCGACAUGGGAAGCACCGGUAGAAGAAAAAGCUGGGAACUAUGGAAGAGGCAUGUCUAUCACCAGAGAGAAGGGAAAAGUACUUUGCCUUAUGAGGAAGGGGAUUUGAAUGCUCUCAGUGAUAAUGCAGGACUCAUUUGUAAUCCAUUAUCCACAACUUUAGUUUUCUCUAGAUGCUAGUUUUACUCAUUUAUGCAAGGAGGAAGUGGAAUUCAUACCUAAGUCUUACAGUUUUACCUUUGGACUUCACCACUUGCCCUUGCAAUCUAGCCAUACCUGUGGUGUUCAAAAAAAUAAAAAAAUCAUUGUUGGCACUUUUGA